UCCAGCGCCAGCGCCAGCGCCAGCGCUUCAGCUCCGACCGCUCGCCCUCCUCGGGCAAGGCCUACCCUUUGAAGAGGACAAACCGCAAGAAGUACUACUACGAAGCUAUCUUUCUGGCCAUCAUUCAGAAAAACAGAAAGAUGGCCAAGGAAAGGGGACUAUUAAGCCCUGAAGACUUUGCCCAGCUGCAAAAAUACAUGGAAUACUCCAACCAAAAGGUCAGUGAUGUCCUAAAACUCUUCGAGAACGAGAAGAUGGCCAAAUAUCUCCAAGGAGAUGCCAUUGGCUAUGAGGGAUUUGAGCAAUUCCUGAAAAUCUAUUUGGAAGUGGAUAAUGUUCCCCAUCACCUAAGCCUGGCACUGUUUCAUUCCUUCCACACUGAUCACUGCUUAAAAGAGAAUGUAAGGAAAGCAAAUGUGGUAUGUCUCAGUGAUGUCUCCUGUUACUUUUCCCUUCUGGAGGGUGGCCGGCCAGAAGAUAAGCUAGAAUUCACCUUCAAGCUGUAUGACACGGACGGAAAUGGGAUCCUGGACAGCUCAGAAGUGGAAAGAAUCAUACUCCAGAUGACACGAGUGGCUGAAUAUCUGGAUUGGGAUGUGUCAGAGCUGAGGCCGAUUUUUCAGGAGAUGAUGAAAGAGAUUGACUAUGAUGGCAGUGGCUCUGUCUCCCUAGCUGAGUGGGUCCGAGCUGGGGCCACUACGGUGCCGCUGCUAGUACUGCUGGGGCUGGAGAUGACUCUGAAGGAUGAUGGGCAGCACAUGUGGAGACCCAAGAGAUUUCCCAGACCAGUCUACUGCAACCUGUGCGAGUUGAGCAUUGGUCUUGGCAAACAGGGGCUGAGCUGUAACCUCUGUAAAUACACUGUUCACGACCAGUGUGCCAUGAAGGCCCUGCCUUGUGAAGUCAGCACCUAUGCCAAGUCUCGGAAAGACAUUGGUGUUCAAUCACACGUGUGGGUGCGAGGAGGCUGUGAGUCCGGGCGCUGUGACCGCUGUCAGAAAAAGAUCCGGACCUACCACAGUCUAACCGGGCUGCAUUGCGUAUGGUGCCACCUAGAGAUUCAUGAUGACUGCCUGCAAGCCGUGGGCUCUGAGUGUGACUGUGGGCUGCUCCGGGAUCACAUCCUGCCUCCAUCUUCCAUCUAUCCCAGCGUCCUGGCAUCUGAACAGGAACGCAAACACAGCAAAACAAGCCAAAAGACCACGGAUGACUCAAAUUUGUGCAUCUCUGAAGCUCUACGGAUCAACCCUGUUUCUAACACCCACCCACUUCUAGUCUUUGUCAAUCCCAAGAGUGGUGGAAAGCAGGGACUGAGGGUCCUUUGGAAAUUCCAAUAUAUACUAAACCCUCGGCAGGUGAUCAAUCUCCUAAAGGAUGGUCCUGAACAAGGGCUCAGAUUCUUCAAAGAUGUUCCUGACAGCCGUAUUUUGGUGUGUGGUGGAGAUGGCACAGUAGGCUGGAUUCUAGAGGCCAUUGACAAAAUCAACUUGCCUGUUGUACCUCCUGUUGCUGUGUUGCCCCUGGGCACUGGAAAUGAUCUGGCUCGUUGCCUAAGAUGGGGAGGAGGGUAUGAAGGAGAGAAUUUGGCAAAGAUUCUCAGGGAAUUAGAGAUGAGUACGGUGGUAUAUAUAGAUCGAUGGUCCCUGGAAGUGAUACCCCAACAAACUGAAGAAAAGACUGAUCCAGUCCCCUUUCAAAUCAUCAAUAACUACUUCUCCAUUGGUGUGGAUGCUUCUAUUGCUCACCGAUUUCACAUCAUGCGAGAGAAAUAUCCUGAGAAGUUCAAUAGCAGAAUGAAGAACAAGCUAUGGUACUUCGAAUUUGCCACAUCUGAAUCCAUCUUCUCAACAUGCAAAAAGUUGGAGGAGUCUUUGACAGUUGAGAUCUGUGGGAAACCGCUGGAUCUGAGUAACAUGUCCCUAGAAGGCAUCGCAGUGCUGAACAUACCUAGCAUGCACGGUGGCUCCAACCUCUGGGGUGAUAUCAAGAGACCCCAUGGGGAUAGCUGUGAGAUCAACCAGGCCUUGGGCACAUCAGCUAAAGUCAUCACUGACCCUGAUAUCUUGAAAACUUGUGUACAAGACCCAAGUGACAAACGACUGGAAGUAGUGGGGCUGGAGGGUGCAAUUGAAAUGGGCCAGAUCUAUACCAAGCUCAAGAGUGCUGGACGUCGGCUGGCCAAGUGCUCUGAGAUCACCAUCCACACCAUAAAAACCCUCCCCAUGCAAAUUGACGGGGAACCCUGGAUACAAACACCCUGUACAAUCAAGAUCACGCACAAGAACCAGAUGCCCAUGCUCAUGGGCCCACCACCCCGCUCCUCCAAUUUCUUUGGCUUCUUUUCUUGUCCCACUUAACCUCCAACCCAGCCUUGAAUCUACCUCCCUGUCCCUGAAUUCCACCCCCUAGGCUCUGUACAUUGCUGCCACAUCCUCCUGCUAGUUCAGGGGAGUAUUCCUUUGCCCCCACAGUAUUUAUUAUCCUGAUUCACCUGUCCCCCACCCACAUACAUAUAUGCACAUACACCACACAUAUGUUAAAAGUGCCUCUUCUAAAUAAAGUGACUU